UCGACGUUUCGUUGACGAUUAUAUUCAACGACCUACAAGUUGGAGAAGGUCGAUCUUACGGAUAAUAAACCGUCCUGAUCACCUGGACGGCUUAGAUUUAGUACAAUUCUAAACAGAAAAAUGUUGCGAACGAUUGUUUUACGAAACCAGGCGCUGAGCAGUGGCUUAAAAAAGGCUGUACGAUCCAAUGUGACGAGAUGUAUGAGUACAGAGUUAGCCAGAAGGAAACAUUCUAACAAGUUAUUGACUCCAUCACAGUCAAACAAAGUCAUAGACCAGCAAUGGACGCUGCAGCUAAGACACUACUCGAGUCUGCCAUCACACACCAAAGUCAACCUGCCUGCCCUUUCACCCACCAUGGAGAAUGGAUCCAUUGUCAGCUGGGAAAAGAAGGAGGGUGACAAACUCAGUGAAGGUGAUCUACUUUGUGAGAUUGAAACCGACAAGGCCACCAUGGGCUUUGAAACUCCUGAAGAAGGUUUUCUGGCCAAGAUCCUGAUCCCCGCUGGCACCAAGGGAGUCCCAGUGGGCCAGUUGCUCUGCAUCAUUGUGGAGAACCAGGCUGAUGUCGCUGCUUUCGCUGACUUCAAGGAUGAUGGUUCAGGAGCUCCAUCAAAGCCUACUCCAGCCAAAAAAGCCGUAGCUGCGCCCGCGCCGGCCGCAGCCGCCCCGGCUGCCCCCGCGCCCGCUGCCCCCGCGCCCGCGGCCCCCGCAGCCCCCGCGGCGCCCGCUCACGACCCGUCCAGCAGGAUCUACGCCAGCCCCAUGGCUAGACGGCUGGCUGAGAUCAAGAACAUCCGACUCGGUGGGCAAGGCUCAGGCUUGUACGGCUCUCUGAAGAGUGGCGACCUCGCAGGAGCGGCCGCGGCGCCGUCGCUCCCGCCGCCACCCGCGCCCGCUCCCGGCGCCACAUUCGUGGACUUACCACUGUCUGGCAUGAGGGAGACCAUCGCUAAACGCCUGUCUGCCGCCAAGCAGUCCAUCCCGCAUUACCAGCUGUGCGCUACGGUUAAUGUGGAGAAGACUCUAGCUAUGAGGAAGGCGGUCAACGAACGGCUGGCUGCUGAGAAGGUCGAUGUCAAGGUGUCCGUCAACGACUUCAUUGUGAAGGCCGUAGCAGCGGCUUGCAAGCGGAUACCCACUGUCAACUCUCACUGGAUGGAAUCUUACAUUAGACAAUUCUCAAACGUAGACGUGAGCGUAGCAGUGGCCACGCCCACGGGUUUGAUCACGCCCAUCGUGUUCAACGCUGAUUCGCGCGGUAUCAUCGACAUCUCCAAGGCCGUCAAGGAGCUGGCCCAGAAGGCUAAGGAGGGCAGACUAGCGCCGCAGGAGUACCAGGGCGGCACCGUCACUGUCUCCAACCUGGGGAUGUAUGGAAUCACCAUGUUCAACGCGAUCAUCAACCCGCCCCAGUCGUUAAUAUUGGCCUGCGGCGGCCUACAGGAGCUCGUCAUUCCUGACAAAAACGAACCCCAAGGAUUCCGGACCGCCAAGUUCGUGACGUUCACCGCGUCAGCCGACCACCGGGUGAUCGACGGCGCGGUGGGAGCCCAAUGGAUGAAGGUCUUCAAGGACUGCCUCGAGGAUCCCGCCAACAUAAUCCUGUAGGUCCGCACCAGGGUUCCAAAGCAUAGUAUAGUUUCAUAAUUAUCAAGAUAAUCUUUAAAACUGAGAUUUGUACAGGCGACAGCACAUCUAACUAUGCGUUUUUGUUGAAGUCAGCUUAUUACAACUACUUAAAAUGACGCAGAGUUUGGCGUGCUGUCGUUAGUACCCUUUGUACGUUGCGACACAUUUUUACAUUUCUGACAAGUCAACUUGGCGACAAUGUUACAAAAAAGACAUCACAAAUAAACUCGGCCAUUUAAAUGUUUUAAAGAAACAACUGUAUUUGAUCAUUAUCUUGGUAAUUAAUCCAGAAGAACCCUGCCACCAGCCGGUUACUGAGUGGAGUAGCUCACAUCUCUGGUAAAAAGCACGAAUAUUUUUAUGUCACAUCAAUUUUGUAACAUUUUUUAAACGUAAUGUGUAAAAGUAACAUUUUUAUAUCGAUAACAAUCAGUGAAUAAGAAUAUUAACUUUUUUUAUGUAUUUUUAAGGCGAUCAUGUUAUAUUUUAUUUCGUUUUACUUUUUAAAUAUUUUUUCUAUUAUUUUUAUUGUAAAUAACUACAAAUAAGCUAUCUGUGUAAUUAUAAGUGUUAUUUUUUUCUAUUUUUUAUCUCCCAGAGAUGUCUGCUAAUCCGAUUAGGUAAUUUUAAUCAGAGUGUAAUAUUUUGUUACAUUGUAAUUUAAUGUUACAUUACACUGUGUUGUCCUUCGAUUGAUGUAAAUAUUAUUCGUUCCACUUUAUUAUUUUGUUAAUAAUUGAGAAUUAAAUGAAUGAAAGUUCCUUAUUUUAAGGAGUGAUGUAUUUUGUUAGUUAUAGCGAAUCUUAGUGUAACUUUUGCAUCACUUGAAGGGCAGGCGGCUGUUAAGACGAUUAAGUGAUUAUUUAUUUAGUGAAAUAAGGAAUGACCGUACAAUGAAUAUUAUGUAUUUGGUACCCAGAUGUUCCAAGUCGAAGGUAAUCAGAUGAAUUUAUACAAAAUACCUGUCCUGGGAUUGAAAUCCACUUGUGUCGCGGUGUGCUUUGCUUAUUCUUCUAAGGGACGCACAGCUGCAUAGUUUUUGGUAAAGAUAAACUAGUUCAAUAUGGGAACUCGAGCAUUUUUACGCAAAUUUUAAUUAUGUAGUUAUUUUGGAGAAUAGAUCUACUUUUAUUAGUAAACCUAUUUAUUUUAUUAUACAGUAAUUCAUAGGUAUAUAUCGAGAGACACAACUAACUGGGUAGUUGAAAUAGACGUGUAAAUACGAAA